CUCGAAUUCCCUGAACUCCAACCUUACCAGGCGUAACUUUUUGCCGAAAGCAAGGACAUCACCGAUCCACAAUGGUCUGGUACAGUGUUCGGCCUGGAGAGCUUCAUAUGCAGGACCCAGUGCUUCUUGCGGACCUCAUUGACGUCGUGAACAGCUCACAACAGCUUGCUCACCCAGGCGAACAGCCGGAUGGCAUGUUUGUGCUGAGGGCCGACACCGUCGACCCCGACUCUCUCUACAUUCACGUCGGGGCCUACACCCCAAAUGCUGAAAACCGCUUUACCUUACGGCUUCUUCGUUGGCGGAUUGACAACGGCGGCGCCGAGGUCAAGCCGCGCGGCGUGGCUGCCGGUUACCAGCCGCUGGACCUCACCCCGGCGCAGCAGGACGUCAUGGUGCGCGCGCUGGACUUCAUGACGGUGCGCUCAGAGCAGAUGAACGCGCUUGCGGAGUUCGGCGGCAACAACGACUUUGUGCUGCUGCCCGUUGGCAUGGCAAUGGCUGGCGGGAUGGGCAUGGGCAUGGGCGCCGGCUUGGGAUUCCAAGGCCUGCCGCUGCUCUGGAAUCCCCCGGCUGUCGUCGGCCACUUUGACGGUGGUGACGAUGAUGAUGAUGAUCUGGAGGACAUUGACAACGACAACGACGAUGGUGAUGGUGAUGAUGCGGACAUGUGGGAGGGCGGCAUGUGGGAGGGCGGCGACGGCGAGGAGGAGGAGCCGUGGGAGAUGGUGGAGGUGCUGGAGGAAGAGUACAACAACGGGGGCGCGGCGCCGGCGGCGGAGUGAGGAGGGUGACGGCGAGUACCCGGAUGCAGCGCCAACAGCAAUUUGAUGGAGAGGAGGGUGUGUGGUAUGACCGGAUGGUAGGCCGAGGUGCCAACAGAGAAGCGGGGGCUAGCGCUGGUGUGAUGGGGCGUUGGCCGCAGAAGGUAAGGCACCGCGUUGGGAGCUUCAACCGGUAUGCUGCCUGACCAUCCGUCCCUUGCCGGCGUACGUCUAUAGUAAUAACGGGAAUUGCGUAUAACGGUAACGACAACGGUAACGGCAACAGUAACGGUAACGUUAACGGUAUCUGUUGUAGUACUGGGACGUGUGUGCCCCGCGCAUGGAAGGUCGCUAGGUAAAGCUGGCGGCCCAUCCAGGGGCUUCAGGGUUUCAGGUGUGUUGAUAAGGCAGGAGGUUGUUUGUCGUCGUUGUUGGCCGCUGGAAUAAGUUACUGCAGCUGUGGGAAUUAGCAUCACGGUUUAUUGACAUGGAUGGGACGCUCUGACCCAGGGGUCACUCACGGUCGACCGGAAGGGUCCGUAGAGCCCCCGACAGGGAGGCGUUAUUUGUUGCCGAGAGUUGCGAAGGGCUUAUGUGCAUGUAGGAUGAGUUGACAUGGGUUGUGCAGGUUGGAUUGGCAUGAGUUGAAAUAUAGCUAGAAGCAAAGCAAGGUGGUUGGGUACGGCAUUUGCCUGCCUUGCCACAUCUGCAUAGAGGCACAUUCAUUUGUAGGUUCGCUGCAUUCGCUGGGAUGUCACGUCUUGCUAUUGCACGUAGCAUGCAUCCGCUACGUUGGGCUCUGUAUACCACGUUUAUGUGCAUGUGUAUCUAUCAUGGUAUCGCAUCAAGGGGUUGAAGAACUUGCUGAUUUUGGCGUUGCGUUGCUCGCUGCGUGGUACAUCACGGUUGCGUUGACACGUCUGACACGUCUGUAGGAUUGUAGCUGUUCUGCUGUUGCUGUAGAUUAUAAAGUUGAGAGCCAUGGCAGGAUCUGAAGACCUAUGCGCUUGCUGUUGUGGGACCGCAUUGCCUUAUCUGCUGGUGCUGCUCGUGGGAAGCCCGAGUCUCCUUUGGUCACCCUUGGUAGUGCCUGACAUUGCUUGGCAGUUUUUUGGCAGAUGCGAGUAAACACUAUGCUUGGCUGGAUGUUUGGAGAAUGCGAAUAAGCACUCUAUGCUUGGGUGUCUGGGACCCCAUACUUUGCAUUUGGUACCGGUUCGCUACCAGGUCAUGUGAAAUACCGGUAGAUAAACGUAUGCUGCGUCGGG